GGAGAUAGCAGUCCGACAUGGGCAGAUGGGACCUCAAGAUCCACAGUGACUCACCGACAGGGCGCGACACUAGAUAACAAGGGAAGAAGAAAUGUGAUGGCGAUAAGCCUCGGUUACCUUGGACCUUGACGGGAAGACACUGGGAAGACUGUCAUAUGAGGAGUGACCAUGCUGCUGUACCAGUGUCCUGAGAAUACCAAUACUGGCAACACCACUACCCCUCUCUAGCUUGAUCGUUCGACAACCACUCACGCAAGAUUUCCUGACGGAUAUAAUCCAAUUCAUCCCUCCAUAUUUUGGAUAUUCCGAUCGAAGCAAUAGUGACACAGGCAAAUUUGAAAAUGGUUCCAGCUCCCUGUCCACUUGUGUAUGUUUUCUGUUUACGCACUUUACACAUCACAGGGACUUUCAAAACCAGUAGGUUCUCUCAGUAAAUUGUUGGAAUGGUUUUGUCAUUGGAAACUCAUCUGCAGAUCUGAAUUUGUACCAAAUCUGCAGACAGACAUUGUAUGUGCAGGGUAACCAUGAGAGCAUUGCAUUGUAUGAUAGCAGUAGAUAACUGCAAAAGAACCCCUCUGAUCCGAAGUCUGCCUGCGCUACGUUAGGGUAGGGACCAGUCCAAAGCUGUCUUCCCCAAUCCUAUGCCCUCAAACACUAAUUUAGCACUAUACUGUACAUCGUUGUGAAAGUAAAACCAAUCAGCAUGCUCAACUGUACGAACUCAGUUAUUCAGGGUAUUCACGACCAGACAAAAAUAUAUAUCAGGGCCUGAUUGUUCUCUUUGCAACCUAGGUGUCAAUAUUUGCGAAGUAAUACCGUAUGUGAAUGUAUUUUUACUGUGAAAAGGUGUAAAAAAAAGUAUAUUUGUGCCAUCAUAUCAGUGUCUUAAAUAAUUAUUUUUACCCCGCUUCUUGUGAGCUAUAAUGUGGACAAAAACAAAUAACAGUCUAAAAAUAACAUUCACUAUCUUCACACUUGAGAAAAAAAUCAUAUAAAUCUUGAAUCAGGGACAAAACUUUACCGGGCAGCUGCUGUUGAAUCAGUGCAGGGUGACGCCUUGGAACAUUCACCAUUCCUGGCUAGCGCUGCUGCAUCAGCACCUGCAUUUCUGGCAAUCUGGGCAUUCCGCCCUUCCUUGCCUCUCUCAGGAUGAACCAGAAGUUUGAAAAGUUGGACUUGCAGACGGACCAGCGCUGCCAGCCUCUGGUCUACACCGUGGAGGAGCUGGAGUGCAAGAUUUGCUAUAACCGCUACGACACGCGCACCCGCAAGCCCAAGGUGCUGGGCUGCCUCCACCGCGUCUGCGCCAAAUGCCUGAAGAAGAUUGUGGAGAACUCGUCCCCCAGCAUCGUCAGCUGCCCCUUCUGCCGCCACGAGACGCACGUGCCCUACGAGGAGAUCUGGCUGCUGCAGGACGACAGCAACAUCCUGGCCAUCCUCACCUAUCAGGACCGGGCCAGGAAGAGUGGCGGUUCCAUCCCCCCUGGCGGGGAAGUACUGCUCACCCCAAGCAGCCUGAGCGGGAGCGGAGGUGGAGGGGACGGCUGUGGUGGUGAUUCUGGGGGUGACUGCGUCACAACCGGCGAGCAGUCGCAUAGCUCCUCCGACUGCCUGGUCAUCACCAUCAUGGAGGUGCCGGGCGAAUCGCAGUCAUCGGACUCCAUGAGCAUGCUCAAUAUGGUGCGCCUGUACCGGCCCGCAAGCCUGGCCUCGCAGCCCUGCAACAUGCCCUUGCAGAAGUGCGGGGCUUGGACCUCGCGCAACUUUCCCAGCUUCCUAAUCGGUGUCCUGUGUCUGGUCUUCUUCUCGUCGCUGCCGCUGGGCAUCUACCUGCUGAUGAUCCAGCAGCUCACCCUGGGCGUCAUCCUGGUCAGCCUGGUGCCCUCCACCCUAGUUCUGUGUGUGUUCUAUGGCUUCUGUCAAUGCCUUUGCCAUGAGAUCAUGCAGUCAAUAGCUACAUAGUCACGUCCCCACUUUACUCCCCUCCCCUACUCAACCCCCUAAUACCAAUGUAUGUCUACCUGUGGACAUGACAUAGCGAGACCUGUAAAAGACCAAACCAAAUCACUGAUGCAUAUCUACAGUGCCGUGAAAAAGUAUUUUCUCCCUUUCUGAUUUAACCCUACUUUUGCAUAUUUUUGAUACUGAAUGUUAUCAGAUCUACAACCAAAACCUAACAUUACAUAAAGGGAACCUGAGUGAACAAAUAACACAACAAUUACAUAUUUAUUUCAUUUAUUUCAUAAACAAAGUAAUUGCCCCUUCACACUCAAUAACUGGUAGUGCCACCAUAAACUGCAAUGACUCCAACCAAACGCUUCCUGUAGUUGUUGAUCAGUUUCUCA